AUGAGCGGACGUGAGAAUCGCGCGCAAGAAGAAAGAAUCUGCAAAAUAUGCACCGGAAGAGCUACUGGCUACCACUUUGGCGUAAUGUCAUGUGAGGGAUGCAAGGGAUUCUUCAGACGAAACGUACAAAAGGGGGCUAGAUUUAUUUGCAAUUAUGAGAAGAAUUGUGACGUGACUGGCGAGCGGAGAAAAAACUGCCAAGCUUGCCGUAUGGCUAAAUGCGAGAGCACCGGCAUGAGACGAGAUAGAAUCAUGAUCGGUCAGCAUCGAAAGAAUCGACGUACCGAAGAGCGCCGACGGAAAGAGGCCGAGAAAGCCGCGGCCGAAGCUGCUGCUGCAGCAGCUGCCGCUGCUUCUAAUGAGCCGAAAUCUCCAGAGGAAGAGAAAAUGAUCAUCAAAACUGAAUCUCCGCAAGCUACAAAUGAGGCUGAACCAAGGAGUAAUGAUAGCGCGCCUUUCAUCCCCAAUUUGGGUCCGACCGGGCCAAUCGUACCCACCGCUACUCAAUUCUCUUACCCUGACAUCAAGCGUGAAAAGACCUCGCCUCCCCUUCCCCAGUCGCCGGUGACACCUCAACAAGCAAUGCCAGCAGUGCCCCCUCAAGCCGUCGCCUCUCCCAUUGCACCGUGCCAUCCCGGCCUUGCGAUUUCGAAUUCAUCUCCUUUACCUAAUGUAGCACCGCAAUUCCCGCAAACCUUGGUCCAUCAGAAUCCUCUGGGCGUACCGCCUAAUCCCCAUCCUCAGGCGGCGGCGGGCUUUAACAAUUUUCUCGACGCAGCACAAAACAGUUGGAACCCACAGUUUCAGUACGGUCGAGUUGGUAUGCCCCAGCUUCCUCAUCAUCCUCCUCAAAAUUCUAUCCAACCACCUCAGCAAUCUAUCAGUCUCCCGUUAGUUUCCACCCAGCAACAAGGUCCUUUCAUCCCAAGCAAUAUCUUCGAUUCUACUCUUCCCAACUUGAAUCCACAAAGAAAUAACAACAAUUAUAACAUGGAUCAAAUCUUUGGCCAAACACUUCAAUCCGCUAUAACAGAGGCUCCAAGCCUACUCGACAGUCCUGCAAUCACUUCAAAAACCCCGCAAAUACAAACAGAAGAAUUACCAAACGGAAACUCGAAUGGCGACUCUACUGGUUGUCCAACGCCAAAUAAUGUCGCCGGAUCGUCGAUAAAUUCGACCGAAUCCUCCACGCUCGGCGUUGUUUUGGCGGCGAGAAAAGCCUUUGAUAUGGAAAAUAACUAUCUGAUGAAUGCUAGACAUCAUGGAUACAUUGCUCAGCAAAUUCAGGAAAAGAAGCAACGCGACUUGUGUGGCCGCAAAAGCCCAAACACGGAUAGCCAACUAAGUAGUGCAAGCUACGAGAGACUGGCGCAUUGGGUCGAGUCAACCACCGAAUACACAGCUGUUUCGCACGAAGACCUGGACAGCAAGAACCACGAACCGUUGACGACGCCGAAUGGAUCGCUUCAGAGCAACGAGAGGAUAUUUGUGCAACAUAACAACUCCACCGGGCUGUUUGACGAAUUUUCGAUGCACAGCGUUUCAGACUCUUCAGUUCUUUCGAAAAGAACGAAAUUCGUCGAAUUUCUGGCCGAUUUGAUGGAGUCCGGCAUCAAGCAAAUCAUCAACUACUGCAAGCUAAUCCCAGAGUUCGUCUCGCUUUCACUUGGCGACCAAAUUCAACUCCUCAGAAACACUAUUCUAGAGCUGCUUAUCCUCAAGUGCUUUUUCGAUUACAAGGAUGGCUCUUUUGUCAAUGGAGCUAAAGGAUUGUGGCUUUAUCGGGAGGAUUUUCUCUUCGCCACGAGUGACACGAGUUUUAUCGAUAAUAUGAUGGAACUUAUGGCAAAAAUGGCUGAAAUCAACAUGACCGAAGAAGAUACUCUCCUACUCAUGCUCGUUGCGCUCUUCUCAGACGACCGGCAAAACAGCUGCAUUGCGGAUCGCAACAAAAUCGCUGCGUCGCGAGAUCAUUUCCUCGGAAUCAUGGAGCGCGCCGGCCUGACAGAUUCGCGCGACAGAAGACAUACGAGUAAGGUGUUGCUUCUUUUGCCGCUCCUGAGAACGCUCAAUACAUCGUUCAUGGAAGUUCUCAAGAAAGUUCAGCAAAACACGGCGGUCGACAUGCGCACGAUUUCGAAGCUAAUUCAGUUUGACCUGAAAAUUUACACCAGCGGGAACGGGCCGAGUAGCCGUGCGAGCGAGACUAGUAGCGAUAGGCCGGAGAUGUCGACGGAGCCGGACGAUCCUACAUCGUUCGUUAACUAUUUCGAGUUAAGUUGCCCGGUCGGUUUCUCAGCCCGAUAA